AUGUCAACCGCCGUCGGUUCAGGGAGUCAAACACGUCUUACCUCGAACGUGGCAUUGGAACGGCCCAUUCCAGAGGGCACGGAGGUGACGCUGACCUGCUCCAGUGACAGUUCUAGUGAUAGCGGAGUUCUGCGGAUCCUACGACGUCGUGGUGAAGGUGAAAGUAUCGAUGGCUUCGAGGAUUUAGCCAAUUUUGCAACCCGAGUGGUUCAGAUCUCGGCCGAUCGUCCAGACAUUGCUGCCACCUUUGUGGUCUCGCGCAAAGACGAUGGUGCAGUAUUUAUUUGCGGAGAUGUUGAAAACUUCGGCUUCCAGUCGCAUAUUUCUGCGGUGUCGAGAACCAUUCGAAUCCAGUUUAAUCCGCGAUCACUGUUGUUAAAAUCGAUACCCGAAGGGAGGAUGCGUGAGGACAUGAGCAAGGUGAUCGUCUGCCAGACGGACGAAGGGGGUGCUAACCCUGCUGUCAACGUCACCUGGCGUCAUCUUAGCCCCCUGGGAGGGAUAGAGGCCUUGGGAGAGGAGAUGCGCACCACUAGCACCCAUCGCAUAUCUAGCAGCGGUAGCGGAAGAGGCUUUGUUACGCAGUCCAACCUGACAGUCCUUGCUCAUCGCCGAUUGAAUGGGCAUCGUAUCGAAUGCAGCGUUGAAAAACCUGAACGUAUUGCUCUCUUGCGCCAAAGUGAAACUCUUGAAGUUAUCUUUGCACCCAACAGCGUGCAUAUUCAUCCCAGCACAACCGGUGGGGUUUCAGAAGGCGAAGUCAUCUCUUUGACCUGUACUGUUGCCGUCUCUCACCCUCCAGCCACGGUUCGGUGGUUUGAAUUUCCACCUGGAUCCGAAGGAGGAGCCGACUCUGGACAAGAAAUCACUGACCUCGCUCAAAUAGACAUGACAUCAGGUGAAUACGGAGGCAUGUUGGUGGACAGUACACUGAGGGUCUCAAAGACCUUUCGUUCCAACUCGCUGACCGAGUAUCGGUGCGUCGUCAACCAGGCCGCUCUCAAAAACCCCGUUGUCGCAGAAUAUAAGCUCAACGUUUUGUACCCACCCACGGCAGAGAUUGUCAGCCUGCCAAACGACCCAACAGAAGGUCAAUCGGUAACCCUUUCCUGCCUCACGCAAGGAGGAAUGCCCGAUAAAAGCUUCUCAUUUUCCUGGUGGUACGCCAAGGAUCUCAAAUUGCCUUCUACCGCAACUCAAAAUGGUCAACCCACAACUCAGCAGGAGCUUUCUCCGGCUCUAGCCAAAUCUCUUACCUCUUCCUUGAACACUACAGUCUUGGCCGAACACUUUUCAACUCAUAUGACUCAGAUUCCAGGUCAUAUGGGACGUCACCUACUGCUGGACGCCAUUACGAUUGAAGAAAGUGGCUGGUACGGCUGUCAGGUUGUCAAUGCCGGUGGCAGUGCUCAAAGUUUGCAUUUACUUCUCAUAAAUUAUGCUCCAAGAAUACACCCUAGUACAAAGUUUAUACAAUACGCUCAACUGGGAAUGAAGACUGAGUUUGUGCUCACAGUUGAGGCCCGGCCAGCAAGAGCAGAAUUUAUGUGGUUCUGGAUCGACGACACUACGUUGGCCAACAAGGCAAGAAGCAAAAUCCUAUCUCAGUCCUCCACUUCGGAAAUAGUUCGAAGCCGACGUUCUGCGGCACCUCUAAAGGCCAUUUCCACAUCAAUCGCGCCCUGGAUUAACCGUGUGAAACAAACAUCUACCGCAAUUGGAGCCAAUAGGCUAACAUUUACUCUGGCCUUCAGGGAGGUGGUUGAAUCAGACUUUGGGCUUUACGUGUGUCAAGUCAAUCACAAAGCUGGAAAUCGCGAAUUUUACUUUGAAUUGAAGCCCCAAUCAGAUGCCAAAGGUAUAAAUCCCAACAGUAUUCGAAUCACAAGUGAGGGUCGCAAGGUACGCGUAGAUUUCGAGCCACCCAACAGCCAGUUCUACUCACGGAUUGUCCUUCGGAUCUGCCUACCUUCUCGGGUCUCCGCGAAUUCCGUGGUGGAUUCAGGAAGAAGAAUUCGACCAUCCGGGGAACUGGUCUUCCUUCGAUCUAUCAAGGACACCUCUAGUGCCUCAAUAGACUCAUCUUCUGUGGAAAUUAUCGGUACCACAACUACUGUUAGCAACGAUGAAUGUGGUGACUACGAGGUGACAUUUGCGGAAUUGGGAAUUAUUCAGGUGGAAUUGGACCGGCCUAUUGCUGAAUACACCUUUCAGUUCCUCGUCUACCAUGACAUGCAGCUCCGACAAAUUACAAGUCCGGUUCGGUGGAUGGCUGAAAAUCGGCCUCAAGCCUCAGUAUCAUCAAAGCUAUUGGUGCAGUUGAUCAUUGGAAUUCUCAUCACUCUCCUUGUCGUCUGCCUCAUUGCGUUCCUCAUUUACUACUUCUGCACCUAUGUCAAACGAAAGAAUAUGAAGAAGCUUGCUCCUGCAACCCGUAAUGGACUACUACAUGGGCCCCAAACAUACCAGACUUUGGAUUCUAGCAAACAUUUUGCAUCACCUCCUUCGGGAGCAGGUUCAAUCUGUGCGGAUAUAGGUUUGUUGCACCCCGCCUAUGCUCGUCAAUCCGUGGGAAGUUCAUGCCAGUCUACAAAGGGCUUCUACUCGCCUCAACCCUUUGGCCACUUGGCGAACUCGGCCCAUCCUUUGUUGGAGAACACGUAUCACACCCUACAGAAUUCCGAGAUGCGUGGAAGUCCUAGCAAUGCCAGUCACGUUUCCGCCCUGACGCAGCGAAUCCUCUCCGAGGUCUACAUUGCGGCAGCGAAAGCGGCAUCUAUGGCCGUAAGUGAGUCCCUUGCAAGUGGCAGCAUGGACGCUGUAAAUCAGACUAUUGGUGGUACUGUGACUUAUCGACCCAACUCGCAUUUCGCCGAGUCUGCCUCCACGAUGGGUGGAAGCAUUUCGGCUUUGGAUGGACUUAAUGGCUAUCCAGUGAUGGCACCAAAUGGCGUGUUUCGAAUACGAAAAUCGCCUAAUACACGCACAACCACGCCGACCUACCAGGGUCAUCUAACCCCUCAGCCCGUCCCCUUAACACCGCAGUUCACGGGCCAGCAAGUCCUCCGCCCACGCAUUUCCCCACAGACUGUCUCCAGCUACGGGUUGGUUUCUCCUAUUCUGACACCUCAGGCGACCAUGCGGCUAAAUGAGGCCGCAAAUGCCCUGGCAGCGGCCGCAGCUGCUGCCGUUUUGGAGGCCACAGGGGCUACACCUGACCUCGGCAUUCAAGGCGGUGAGGUGCACGUAUCUCGUUUCAGUGGCAAUGCAGAAGGAGGCGGUGGUGAAGGUAAUGGUGGCCUGGGAACCAGCAGUGAGGAUGGAGAGAGCGUUUCUUCGAACUCUUUCUUUCCUAGAGGUCCUGAUGGCAAAACCUCGAGUCAGGAAGCUAGCAUGAAGAGAAAGAAACUGGUACAAGGCGCUAGCAAAGGGGCUCUUUCAAAUUCGGGAAUCAAGUACCUCCUUCCAAUGCUAACCAUCUCACCCAACAUGCCUUCCAACUACCACCAAAUCAUAGACCCUCGUGGCACUCAAACGUCUCUGGCAGAACUUCCCGCCUACUUUCCGUCUACGCCGAUGGAGAGCAUGUGGACGCAGAACUUCCAUCCCAUUGAAAACCCCAGAACAGGCGAGGAGGCUAAGUUUAACCCCCACCCCAAUGCACAAACCGAGGCUGGUAGUAACGCCUCGACAACCGGGGUGGUCUCCAUUUUCGCCAAAUCACUCAAUUCAACCGUUUCUCGUAGACCACCAGCCAUUAAUCCUCAAACUCCUUCAAGCUCCGCCAGUUGCACCACUGACGACAGUAACCCCGAUGACAAUACUCUGCGAGCUAACCCUGACAUGAAGGACUUAAAAUUCCCUUUACAACCUGAAAAGCCGCCAAUGCCAUCAACAGAGUCUCAAACGGCUGCUGAGUCCCAGACAUAA